CUCUAACUUAGUAAUUAUAGACACCUGUAUGGUGAACUUAAAACCGUGUGUGGACUGAUCUGCGCCACUCGGAAUCAACUCUUCCACUAAACUCACUGUUUUUUGCACUUUAUUUUGUAUUCUUUUUUAUAGAGGUUUUUAUAUUUUAUAGAUAGAACAAUGGAAACUACAUAUAAGUAUUUCCACUUUAUUCUCCUAUGUCUGAGUUUUAACCUAUUCACCUAUGCGUUGUAUUCACCUGUGGAUGUAUAUGACAAAGUGGUCGAGCUAGUGUCGCCAGGAGAGGAAUACCUGAAUGAAAUGUCAGUUCGCUCCUUUUUCAAACUGUUAGAGAAGCGUGUGCAGUGCCCUGGUGUGUCGUGUGAAAAGGUAACUUUUUUUCUUACACUCGCUACAACUUGGGUUUUAGGAAAGGUCGAGGUCCAUUCUGCACCUGUUACUAUGCUGUGCCGUGCGCUACACUACUGGAGACUACGCUUUGUCGCAGUUCUUUUUUAGACCAAUACCUAAAAUACAUCCGUAUUUAUUUAUUGAUCUGUCUCUGACCGAGUCUAUUUUAUAUUUAUUGAUACUUAUAUUUUGAGCACUGAGCAAUUUUAAAAUUAAAGCUCGCUCCAUAAUAAUAAUAAUAAUAAUAAUUAUUGUAUUAUAGACUAAAAACAAUAAUGAUUCGUGUUAUUAUUGCAUUGGUACUAUAGAGAUAUUACACGACGUCAGCAUUGCAGAUUGUUUUGUACCAGAUUUUUGUAACUGCAUUUAUUCCAACCUUUAUGUUCUUAACUAUUGCAAUGACAUAAAUCCAACUGAUCAACAUUAAAACAAUUCCAUUUGUUAGGGUAGUAGAUAUUAUAGAACAAUGUCUUAGACUUAAAUGGCUUAUGGCUGGGUUAAAAGUAUUAGCAUAACCUUCUGUAUGUCUAUUACAAUGAUCAUAACCCCAAUAAAUAUUUUAUAUUAAUGAUUUUCUUUUACAUCUCCAAUUAAUUUUAAUGUCUUGGUUGCAUCACCCUUCACUGUGCAGGUUGUUUAAAUUGUGUCUUAAUGAUUGGGCAUUCUGUUUUCCUUACAAUUAUUUAUUUAAUUCUGUCCAUGCAAUGCACCACAAAUAGCCCAAUAAAUGUUAAUUUUGGUUUCCUUUGAUUACUGUAGAAAAAAAUGUAGGCAUGGCUCUAUACUCCAUUUUGAAUCCAUGUUGUUCAGACAUGGAGGCCUUGGACUUUACCUUGGUGUAAUCUGCACUUAUGACCAUCUAGAGGCAGUUUUCCGUCACAAGUUAUGUGAGAGAUGCCAUAGAUUGGCCAGACAUGUUCGAUACUUAAACUAAUGAUCAGUAUUUAGACAGCGUGUGCUGGUAAUGCAACAAUGGCUUGAGAUCUUACUUAAAGUAUGUGUUUGUAAGAUGAUACUGUAGAAACAGGAUAAAGUCUCUGCACACUUCCAGUCAGAUGCAAAUAUAUUUUAAUAGAGCCUGAACUUUCGGUCAGUCCGACCUGCAUCAAGCUCAGCCUCUUUUAAAAUACAUUUACAUCUGACUGGAAAUGUGUGGAGAUUUUUUCCUGUUUCUCCAGCACAUUCACUAAUCGGUUUUGGAUGUGCGGUAGAUUCAGACUAUUAUCUACAUUAUGAUACUGUGCAAAGUCACUGUAUGUCCUGACUCAAGAACCCAGAGCGUAGUCUGCUCUUAAAGAUAUCACCCAAGUCAAACCAACCCAAACUCCUUUCCUUUAGCUUUGUGGUCAUAAUGACAAUACAAUAAGACCUUACAUUUGUUUUCUCUCAUGAAUUAUACCUAUAUUUGUCCUUAGUACAUAAAUCAUCUACAUGGAACACUGAAGCCAGCCUUCUUGUUUGUAGUGCCUCUCUGUGCAGUCAGUGGACCAGCUGGUUGGUAACUUCACCAGUGCUGGUGGUCUCCUUAACAAGGAGGGUUUCUUCAGAGUAGCAGCAGGAUGCUGCCUCUACCUCAGCUCUCCCACCGAGGCCUGCUCUGCCGUGAGGGCAGGGAGGUGGGGGGACGAGACAGACCACCUCAUCCAGGAGAUCACAGGCCAUGACCACCACGGACACAGGCACAGGGAUGGACACGGAGACAUGGAGAGCCGUGGGAUAGAGACACUGCUCCGAAACAUGGAGAAGUACUACAAGCCUGAUCAGCAGUACGACCAGGUUGGAGCUGCUGUGCUAUAAUUAAGCAAUAAGGCCAGAGGGGGUGUGGUAUAUGGCCAAUAUACCACGGCUAAGUGCUGUUCUUAGGCAUUACAUUACGCUACAGCCCUUAGGUAUAUUGGCCAUAUACCGCAAACCCCCGAGGUGCCUUAUUGCUGUUAUAAACAGGUUACCAAUGUAAUUACAACAGUAAACCAGUAGUUUUGCGUCAUACUUGUGGUAUAUUGUCUCAUAUACCACGGCUUUUAGCCAAUCAGCAUCCAGGGCUCGAACUACCCGGUUUAUAAUGAAGAAUAGCAAAAUACUGUAUAUACAGACCUGUUUUCUAACCAGUUAUUUUACCUCCACAAAGUAUUUAUAUUAUGUUCAACUGCGUAAGUCUGUCCUGUCUUGUUAUCAUGGUCAUUUAGCACUGUCUCACUGGUCAAGACAUCUUAGAGGAGAGCAGCGCGUCAACGAGUAAUGGUGACCCACACAACAUGGAUGUGGUGUUUGGAUACAUAGUUUACCAUGCUUUACGAGGUGACUGCAUGACGGCCAGAGCACUACCUGAAGAAGACUAUUUUCUGGAUUUCAUAUUCAACCGCUUCGGCUCCGACAACAUCACUAUUCACGGUACCAUAAGAUAACCCUUUAAUGUUAUUAUUACUGUCAUAUUACCUCAUAACAAGCGACUAUUCCUAUGUGUAUGAAAUGUCCGUACUGUAAUAUUACCUUAUUACAAACUGUUAUUAAUAUGUGUAUGAAAUGUCUGUACUGUAAUAUUACCAUUAACAAAUGACUAUUCCUAUUAGUAUGAAUCAUUUUGUUUUAGUUUUAUUACACAGUCAUGUGAUGUCAUCCUCCUGCCUGUACUUCAACCUACUCAUUCAUCCAUGUUGUGUCAUACAUAGAUCAUCAUUGAUUUAGCAUGAUGCCCUUGAGGGGCUAUGCUAUUAACGUUAUCCCAUAAAAACCACUGAUAAUGAGAGUUUAUAUUACUGUUCCCCAAUGGCCUGCUAUGUACGUCACCACCAACCAUAUCAUUCUGAUUAAUCUCUGUAGAGCUGGAAGGUCUUAUGAAGAGCCUGCAACUGGGUGGAAUCCACGAAGAGGACCACGAUCAUGAACAUGGAGACCAAGAUGGACACAGCAAUGGUCAUGGUCACGAUGACCACGUUGACCAUGACCAUAGUGACCACAGUACCGCUAGUGGGGGUCGGGGUGGUCGAGGUGGUCAGAGUGGUCGGAGGGGUCGAGGUGGAAGUGAAGCCUUCAGGCAGAGUCACGAGGAGGGGUACCACCAGAGGAACAUCAGCAGCUGGGACCUGGUAAUUAUUUUACUGAACCACCACAGUGCUUGGUGGGUAAUUAUUAUACUGAACCACCACAGUGCUUGGUGGGUAAUUAUUAUACUGAACCACCACAGUGCUUGGUGGGUAAUUAUUAAACUGAACCACCACAGUGCUUGGUGGGUAAUUAUUAUACUGAACCACCACAGUGCUUGGUGGGUAACUAUUAAACUGAACCACCCCAGUGCUUGGUGGGUAACUAUUAAACUGAACCACCACAGUGCUUGGUGGGUAAUUAGGUCAAGGCCUUCGCUUCACUCUCUCUUCAGGGGCUUAAAGGCACAGCACACACACACACACACACACACACACACACACACACACACACACACACACACUCCUUCACUCUGAUUCAUUAUCAGACUGCUAAACCCCUGGUGUCCGCUGCUCCUACAGUGCAUUGUAAUGAACCUUAGAUGUGCCUUAGAUUGCCUGAGCUAUUGGCAGCUAUAGGAUUCCCUCCAUGGUAAUAUCAGAAAUCUGAAUGAAAACACUACAGAGGCAUAAUGACAUGUCUCUUUUAAUAUUUGUCCCCACUAUAUCCACACAAAACAUGAAACAUUACAUAAUACAGAACAUUAAUAGACAAGAACAGCUCAAGGACAGAACUACAUACAUUUAAAAACAGUACACAUAGCCUACAUAUCAAUACACGCACACCAAAUGGCCAUAUCUAGGUCAAAUAGGGGAGAGGCGUUGUGCCGUGAGGUGUUGCUUUAUCUGUUUUUUGAAACCAGGUUUGCUGCUCACUUGAGUAAUAAAUCAAAUCAAAUAAAAAAAAAAUUGCCACAUGCGCCGAAUACAACAAGUGUAGACAUUACCGUGAAAUGCUUACUUACAGCCCUUAACCAACAAUGCAUUUAUUAAAAGUAAAAUAAAACAACAACAACAAAAAAGUGUUGAGAUAAAAAGAGCAGAAGUAAAAUAAAAUAACAGUAGGAAGGCUAUAUACAGGGGGGUACCGGUGCAGAGUCAAUAUGCGGUGGCACCGGCUAGUUGAGAUAGUUGAGGUAAUAUGUACAUGUGGGUAGAGUUAAAGUGACUAUGCAUAAAUAAUUAACAGAGUAGCAGCAGCAUAAAAAGAUGGGGUGGGGGUGGGGGGGCAGUGCAAGUAGUCCGGGUAGCCAUGAUUAGCUGUUCUUAUGGCUUGGGGGUAGAAGCUGUUGAGAAGCCUUUUGGACCUAGACUUGGCGCUCCGGUACCGCUUGCCGUGCGGUAGCAGAGAGAACAGUCUAUGACUAGGGUGGCUGGAGUCUUUGACAAUUUUGAGGGCCUUCCUCUGACACCGCCUGGUAUAGAGGUCCUGGAUGGCAGGAAGCUUGGCCCCAGUGAUGUACUGGGCCGUACGCACUACCCUCUGUAGUGCCUUGCGGUCGGAGGCCGAGCAGUUGCCAUACCAGGCGGUGAUGCAACCAGUCAGGAUGCUCUCGAUGGUGCAGCUCUAUAACUUUUUGAGGAUCUGAGGACCCAUGCCAAAUCUUUUCAGUCACCUGAGGGGGAAUAGGCUUUGUCGUUCCCUCUAACACGACUGUCUUGGUGUGUUUGGACCAUGAUAGUUCGUUGGUGAUGUGGACACCAAGGAACUUGAAGCUCUCAACCUGUUCCACUACAGCCCCUUCGAUGAGAAUGGGGGCGUGCUCAGUCCUCUUUUUUUUCCUGUAGUCCACAAUCAUCUCCUUUGUCUUGGUUACGUUGAGGGAGAGGUUGUUGUCCUGGCACCACACGGCCAGGUUUCUGACCUCCUCCCUAUAGGCUGUCUCAUCGUUGUCGGUGAUCAGGCCUACCACUGUUGUGUCGUCGGCAAACUUAAUGAUGGUGUUGGAGUCGUGCCUGGCCAUGCAGUCAUGGGUGAACAGGGAGUACAGGAGGGGACUGAGCACGCACCCCUGAGGGGCCCCCGUGUUGAGGAUCAGCAUGGCAGAUGUGUUGUUACCUACCCUUACCACCUGGGGGCGUCCCGUCAGGAAGUCCAGGAUCCAGUUGCAGAGGGAGGUGUUUAGUCCCAGGAUCCUUAGCUUAGUGAUGAGCUUUGAGGGCACUAUGGUGUUGAACGCUGAGCUGUAGUCAAUGAAUAGCAUUCUCACGUUGGUGUUCCUCUUGUCCAGGUGGGAAAGGGCAGUGUGGAGUGCAAUAGAGAUUGCAUCAUCUAUGAGAUGGAACGGAGUUCCAUGCAAUAAUGACUCUAUAUAAUACUGUACGCUUUCUUGAAUUUGUUCUGGAUUUGGGGACUGUGAAAAGACCCCUGGUGGCAUGUCUGGUGGGGUAAGUAUGUGUGUCAGAGUUGUAAGUUGAUUAUGCAAACAAUUUUGAAUUUUCAACACAUGAAUGUUUCUUAUAAUAAUAAGAAGUGAUGCAGAAAACUGCUCUCCUCAAUUUUUUGCCAAGAGAGACUGGCAUGCAUAGUAUUUAUAUUGGCCCUCUGAAUACAGUGAAGAGCAAGACGUGCCGCUCUGUUCUGGGCCAGCUGCAGCUUAACUAGGUAUUUCUUUGCAGCACUGGACCAUAUGGCUGGACAAUAAUCAAGAUAAGACAGAACUAGAGCCUGCAGGACUUGCUUUUUGGAGUGGUCAAAAAAGCAGAGCAUCUCUUUAUUAUGGACAGACCUCUCCCCAUCUUUACAACCAUUGAAUCUAUAUGUUUUGACCAUGACAGUUUACAAUCUAAGGUAACAUCAAGUCACUUAGUCUCCUCAACUUGUUCAACAGCCAAACCGUUCAUUACCAGAUUCAGCUGAGGUCUAGAGCUUAGGGACUGAUUUGUAUCAAAUACAUAAAUGCUCUUAGUUUAAGAGAUGUUCAGGACCCGUUUAUUACUGGCCACCCAUUCCAAAACUGACUGCAACUCCUUGUUAAGGGUUUCAGUGACUUCAUUAGCGGUGGUUGCUGACACGUAUAUGGUUGAAUAAUUAGCAUACAUGGACCCACAGGCUAUGUUUAAGGCCAGUGACAGGUCAUUGGUAAAAAUAGAAAAGAGUAGCGGGCCUAGAGAGCUGCCCUGCCGUAUUCCACAUCCUACAUGUUUGACAUUAGAGAGUCUUCCAUUAAAAAAACCUCUGAGUUCUAUUAGAUAGAUAGCUCUGAAUCCAAGAUAUGGCAGAGGUUGAAAAGCCAUAAAACAUACGUUUUCUCAACAACAGGUUAUUGGCAAUAAUAUCAAAGGCUGCACUGAAAUCUAACAGUACAGCUCGCACAAUCUUCUAAUUAUCAUUUUCUUUCAACCAAUCAUCCGUCAUUUGUGUCAGUGCAGUACAUGUUGAAUGCCCUUUUCUAUAAGCAUGCUGAAAGUCAAUUUGUUUACAGAGAAAUAGCAUUGUAUUUGUUUUUUUACAACAGUUUGUUAAGGAGCUGGCAACAAGCUGAUAGCUCUAAUUGGGUAGCUGAAUGACUUUGGCUUCCCUCCAGGCCUGAGUGCACACACUUUCCUGUAGGCUUAGAUUAAAGAUAUGACAGAUAGGAGUGGCCAUAGAGUCAGCUACCAACCUCAGUAGCUUUCCAUCUAAGUUGUCAAUGCCAGAAGGUUUGUCAUUAUUGAUCGAUUUAAAAACAAAGAGAGUCACACACUCCAUAUGUAUAAACUCCCAGUAAUUUAUUGGGUAAGCCACCAAAGUUUCGGCAUCACUGUGCCUUUUUCUUUUUCUUAGACUAUUAUUGAUCGAUAACAAUAAUUUUUCCACCUCUCCCACACUAACUUUACAAAAUUAAAACUUACAAUGCUUUUCUUUUAUUAUUAGUUUUUUAAUGCAUAAGUAUGAUGUCUCACUGUUCGUUGUUGGCAUUUCCUGCCUAAGUAGUGUUUCAGCCCUGUUUUCUCCAUGUAGACAUGUUUCAGCCCAGAGGAAUUGGUAAAGAUCCAUGGGCUAAAUGGAUCUAGCCUGUCCAGGUCUGACGUGGCCCGGCUUAGCCCAGCCCUGGUCCAGCAGAUCCUCAGUGGGGCCUGCAACAGCACCUCUCCCCACACUGGACCAUCAGACCAGCUCAGCACCACAGAGAGUGAGUGGAGUACUACAGUCCUAGCCACUGUGCUUCUGCCUCUGCAUUGCUUGCUCUUUGACAUUUUAGGCUGGGUAUAUGUAAACUGCUGAUGUAAAAAGGGCUUUAUAAAAUAUAUGUGAUUGAUUGACUGCUACAGUACACACUUUAUUCAACACUCACUCCUCUCCUUUUGAUACAGAAAGGCCCAUUCUUCACUAUUUACCUUUUAAUGAAAAAGGAAUGAUAGUGAGACUAUGCAGCAAUACAUUUACUAUGUUCAUAAAUAUAAACGCUCCAAAAUUCAAACUAUACUGAACAAAAAUAUAAACCCAACAUGUAACAUGUGGGUUCCAUGUUUCAUGAGCUGAAAUAAAAGAUCCCAGAAAUUUUCCAUAGCUUAUUUCUCUCAAGUUUUGUGCACAAAUUUGUUUACAUCCCUGUUAGUGAGCAUUUCUCUUUUGCCAAGAUAAUCCAUCCACUUGACAGGUGUGGCAUAUCAAGAAGCUGAUUAAACAGCAUGAUCAUUACACAGGUGCACCUUGUGCUGGAGACAAUAAAAGGCAUGUGCAGUUUUGUCACACAACACAAUGCCACAGAUGUCUCAAGUUUUGAGGGGGCGCGCAAUUGGCAUGCUGACUGCAGGAAUGUCCACCAGAGCUGUUGCCAGAUCAUUUAAUGUUCAUUUCUCUACCAUAAGCCGCCUACAACGUCGUUUUAGAGAAUUUGGCAGUACGUUUAACCGGCCUCACAACCGCAGACCACGUGUAACCACAUCAGCCCAGGACCUCCACAUCCGGCUUCUUCACCUGCGGGAUCGUCUGAGCCACCCGGUCAGCUGAUGAAACUGAGGAGUAUUUCUGUCUGUAAUAAAGCCCUUUUGUGGGGAAAAACUCAUUCUAAUUGGCUGGGCCUGGCUCCCCUGUGGGUUGGCCUAGCUCCCAAGUGGGUGGGCCUAUUCCGUCCCAGGCCCACCCAUGGCUGCGCCCCUGCCCAGUCAUGUGACAUCCAUAGAUUAGGGCCUAAUGAAUUCAUUUCAAUUGACUGAUUUCCUUAUAUGAACUGUAACUCAGUAAAAUCUUUGAAAUUGUUGCAUGUUGCGUUUAUAUUUUUGUUCAGUAUAGAUCGAUGUUAUCAUUAGGUAACGAGCCUAUUUCAAGCAUGUAUGUGGAAUACAUUAUCAUCUAACAUACCUUUCAUGGCUUGACUGACUGAUUUGCUUUAGUCCUGUUAUUACUGUAUACAUUGAACCCUGUAAUGUUAAUUCUCUCUCUCCACAGAGUAUGUGUAUGCCACCAUCGCCAAUCUGCUGAUCUGUCUGGCCGCUGUGGUUGGCGUUGUGGUGCUGCUGUGUACCUCCUGCAGUAGUGUCUUCCAGCUCGUCAUCCAGUUCUGUGCCAGCCUGGCUGUGGGCUCCCUCACUGGGGACGCCCUGUUGCACCUCAUGCCUAUGGUGAGCAUCACAAUACCCUAUUCACAUUACUGAGCCCAGCUGAUUCAAGCUGAGCUGUGCUGUGCUGGCCUGGUUAUGCACCCAUCAUAGUUACUGGAACCGUGCCUGGAAUGGACAGUGUGAAUUUAGACUUUGAUUUAGACUUUAUACUCACUUUAUAGCAUAACAGGUAUAUCGUCAGGUAUCAUCUGGUUAUUUUUCAACAGCAUUACCUUUUAGAUUGUACCAGCAGCGCAUCACACGCAACAUCGCAAUCUAGCCAGCCAGGCCUCUUCCUCCUCAACACUUCCUUGAAGUGUUAUGAUUAAAGGUCCAAUGCAGCAAUUUUUAUCUCUAUAUCAAAUCAUUUCUGGGUAACAAUGAAGUACCUGACUGUGAUUGUUUUCAAUUAAAAUGUAAAAAAAUAUAUACAGAAAUAGCUUGUUAACAAAGAGCAAUUUCUCAAGCAAGAGUUGAGCUGCAACUAAUAAUAAUAAUAAUAUGCCAUUUAGCAGACGCUUUUAUCCAAAGCGACUUACAGUCGUGCGUGCAUACAUUUUUGUGUAUGGGUGGUCCCGGGGAUCGAACCCACUACCUUGGCGUUACAAGCGCCGUGCUCUACCAGCUGAGCUACAGAGGACCACGGACUGGAGCUACGACAUCACAUAAACGUUUUUAUCAAAAACGACUGAUUCCAGCACCCAAAGAAUAGCCUGCAUUUACACAAGACAUUGUCGCCUCUCAACUCCAUCGUAAAUCGUGGCGUUGAGCUUAGUUGGCUAAUUUCCCCCAGGGCAGACAUACUCUUAUGAAGGAGAUACAGUACUUCCUGCUCCUGCAGCUCAAUCCUUUUAGAUCCAUGCCACAUCACAGGACGACGUAUUAGCAGGCUGUCACACCCUAUCCUCACCUACAGUGUAAAAUAAUGUGAUUAAGGAACUGAAACGACACCUUCUCAUUGGACAAACAGAGAAAUGGGCCAAUGUUGCUUCAGGGAAUCUUCGGUCAUUACAAAGCCAAUGAUGAGAGCAACAUAACACUGUGUCCCAAUGGUCCGAAAUUGUUUCUUAUCCCCCUCUACUCUCCUUCACAACCCCCUAUUGAGAGGACAUGAUUGGUGAAAGCAAUAUGGUGGAUAGGUACCAGUCUUCACUCUAAACUUUCAUCUGUCAGUACAGUAGCAUGUGAAGGAGGCCAUUUCAGAGUAAUGGACCCGCAGGUUGAUUGCAUCGCCAGUAUUUGGUCUUAUCCUACCCUGUGUAUUGGGGGUUACACUUCACUUGAAACCCGCCGUCAUAAAGGUUACAUAACUUUGUCAUAACACUAUCAUUAUAAUGACAUAAUAGAUGUCAUUGGGCCGACUGUGUCUGACCGUGUUGUGACCGUGUUUCCUCUGUUGGUUCAGUUCCUAGGCCUCCACGUUCACAGUGAAGGAACAGAUCACAACCACUCAGAGGAGGUUCCAGACUACAUCUAUAAGAUACUGGUGCUGAUGGCUGGCAUCUACUACUUCUAUCUCAUGGAGACUAUCUUCUCCAUCGUCACCACUCACAAGGACAGCCAUCACCAUGGGGUUAGUAGUGUCUAUCACCUGGGCUGUUUUCAGUAGGGCCCAACGAAGCUAAAUGUUUUGCAACAGGAAACAAAAAUAUGUGACCUUAUUGGACAAGUUCAGGUAGUACCUUCCCAUUUCACUCUGUUUUGAAACGUUAUCUUUUUACUGAACCCCACUGUUCUGUCCGCUUACUGGUUCGGUGGAUCCAUUGUGAAAAAACUCCCACACUCGUAUACUUGCAAUAAACCUUUAAUAAAGUGCAACACUUCAGACACAGAAAUUCGUCAAGUCUUACUGGUUCCAAAAUGUGAGAAUUGUUAGGUAUUAACAGUAGAUAAAUGUUCUAUGUUGUCUACAAUCUAAAGUAAUUGAUAUUCUGGGCACAGACAGAUACAUUGUGUCAUUGUGUUUUCAGGUGGAGUCUGAGCCCCAUCACUGUGACCAUGGUAAAGUCCUGGAGAUGUAUGUGCAGGACAAAAAGAACAAGCAGUCUGUAUCGCAGACAGACCUGGUAGGUUCUGCAUCUGUUAUUCACAGACAGACCUGGUAGGUUCUGCACCUGUUAUUCACAGACAGACCUGGUAGGUUCUGCACCUGUUAUUCACAGACAGACCUGGUAGGUUCUGCACCUGUUAUUCACAGACAGACCUGGUAGGUUAUGUACCAGUUAUUCACAGACAGACCUGGUAGGUUAUGUACCAGUUAUUCACAGACAGACCUGGUUGGUUCUGCACGAGUUAUUCACAGACAAACGUGGUAGGUUCUGCACCAGUUAUUCACAGACAGACCUGGUUGGUUCUGCACCAGUUAUUCACAGACAGACCUGGUAGGUACUGCACCAGUUAUUCACAGACAGACCUGGUAGGUUAUGUACCAGUUAUUCACAGACAGACCUGGUAGGUUCUGUACCAGUUAAUCACAGACAGACCUGGUAGGUUAUAAACCCUCUAACCUCUCUCUUGGAGAACUGAGUCAGACAUAGGUCCAUGACUGAACAGCCAGUUUCAUAGUAAGCCUGUGUGUUUACCUGACACAGCAUGUAGUCUUUACUACCUGUGUUUCUGAACACGUUGUCCCCCACUAACCCUUUCACUGCUGUAAUUCAGAUGUUAUUCUUCUGCAAUGUUCUGAUCCUGCUAGGUUGAUAGCGAUAACACAGAGAAAGCAUUUCCAGAACGAAACGAACGCUCAAGAGGUAAGAAAGACAAUCUGGGUCUACGUACAACCUUUUCACAAGACAUAAAAUCAAAUCAAAGUUGAUUGGUCACGUGCACAGGAUACAGGGUGUAAAUGGCACAGUGUCAUGCUUACUCGCAAGCUCUGCUCAACAGUGCAUUACACAUUUAUCAAAAAAAUACACAAUAAGUGUGAUGAGUGUGAUGGAAGGAGUCAGGUGCAGGAGGGUAAUCACCGAAUACAGAGUUUAUUCCGUCUUUACACACAAAUGCGCUGGAAUAGCGACAAACAAAACAGGCACAGGGGAAACUAUCCUCCCUGGCAAUACACUGUAACGGUAUCUCCAUACAAUACAUAGGCACAGGGGAAAUAUCUACCCUGGCAACAAAAUGGUACGAGUAGCUCCACUACUCUCACAUUCAAACAAUCACCCACAAGGACAAGGGGGCAGAGGGAACACUUAUACACGGACUAAUGAGGGGAUAAGAACCAGGUGUGUGUAAUGACAAGACAAGACAAAUGGAAUGAUGAAUAUAGGAGCGACAGUGGCUAGAAGGCUGGUGACGACGAGCGCCGAAGCCUGCCCGAACAAGGAGGGGCAGCAGCCUCGGCGGAAGUCGUGACAAUAAGUAAUAAAAACAGAAGACAAAUUGUAAUGUUUGGAAAUAUAUACACAAUAAGAUAUACAGUAUAGACUAAGAACUGUGUUAAAGUAAGUAGUGACAUGACUGAGCAGCGAAGAUAAUAAUAAUAUGAAUAUAGGUCAGGGUUUGACUGUCAGGAAGUAGCUACACUCUCAAGCUGUCAAACUGUAAACUUACUGUGCGAGUUGUCUCAAGUCGAAUCAAUGAUUACACACAUUCAGCGUGACGAAGAUUAACGUGCACAAAAUAUCUGUGUUCUUUUCUGAUGAACAGUUACAUGAGGAACAGUAAAACAAUUAUAAUUACUACAAGGAUAAAACAUUUCAGCUGCAGGUGCAACCCAAAUCUCCCUGUCAUCAUUGUAAAUGAUAAUAUAAUUUACAGUGAUACCUUAGAGACUGCUGCCCUACAGUACGUAGUCAUUGAACACUGGUCACUUUAAUAAUGUUUACAUACUGUACUGUUUUACCCACUCCAUAUGUAUAUACUGUAUUCUAGUCAAGGCUCAUCCUAUAUAACUACUGCUGUACACAUCUUUUCUAUUCAUAUACUGUCCAUACUGUCUAUACACACCAUUAUUUAUAUAUAUAUAUAUACUCGAUAUACACACAAUAUAUACAAAAGUAUGUGGACACCCCUUAAAAUGAGUGGAUUCUGCUAUUUCAGCCACACCCGUUGCUGACAAGUGUAUAAAAUCAAGCGCACAGCCAUGCAAUCUCCAUAGACAAACAUUGGCAGUAGAAUGGCCUUACCGAAGAGCUCAGUGACUUGCAACAUGGCACUGUCAAAGGAUGCCACCUUUCCAACAAAGUGGAAACGUCUAGGAGCAACAACGGCUCAGCCGCGAAGUGGUAGGCCGCACAAGCUCACAGAACGGACUGCCGAGUGCUGAAGUACGUAGCGCGUAAAAAUCGUCAGUCCUCGGUUCAAACACUCACUACCGAGUUCCAAACUGCCUCUGGAAGCAACGUCAGCACAAUAACUGUUCGUCGGGAGCUUCAUGAAAUGGGUUUUCAUGGUCGAGCAACUGCACACAAGCCUAAGAUCAUCAUGGGCAAUGCCAAGUGCCGGCUGGAGUGGUGUAAAGCUUGCCGCCAUUGGACUCUGGAGCAGUGGAAACGCAUUCUCUGGAGUGUUGAAUCUCGCUUCACCAUCUGGCAGUCCGAUAGACGAAUCUGGGUUUGGAGGAUGCCAGGAGAACGCUAUCUGCCCCAAUGCAUAGUGCCAACUGUAAAGUUUGGUGGAGGAAGAAUAAUGGUCUGGGGCAGUUUUUCAUGGUUCAGGCUAGGCCAAUUAGUUCCAGUGAAGGGAAAGCUUAACGCUACAGCAUACAAUGACAUUCUAGACGAUUCUGUGCUUUCAACUUUGUGGUAACAGUUUGGGGAAUGCCCUUUCCUGUUUCAGCAUGACAAUGCACAAAGCGAGGUCCAUACAGAAAUGGUUUGUCGAAAUCGGUGUGGAAGAACUUGACUGGCCUGCACAUAGCCCUGACCUCAACCCCAUCGAACACCUUUGGGAUGAAUUGGAACGCCAACUGCAAGCCAAGCCUAAUCACCCUACAUCAGUGCCCGACCUCACUAAUGCUCUUGUGGCUGAAUGGAAGCAAGUCCCCACAGCGAUGUUCCAACAUCUAGUGGAAAGCCUUCCCAGAAGAGUGGAGGCUGUUAUAGCAGCAAAGGAGGGGCCAACUCCAUAGUAAUGCCCAUGAUUUUAGAAUGAGAUGUUCGACGAGCAGGUGUCCACAUACUUUUGGUCAUGUAGUGUAUGUAUAUACACUGUAUAUACAAAUAUAUAUACAAUUAUUAACAAUAGCUGCAUUUGAAUUGACUUCUUUAGACGACUGAGCCCCUCUCUGAGUUUCCCUUCUGUCUCUCCCCUCCACUAGAACAGCGUCUGCUACCUUACAUGGUUACCAUAGGGGAUGGGAUACAUAACUUUGCCGACGGCCUGGCUAUUGGAGCAGCCUUUUCUGAGUCCUGGAAGUCAGGCCUUGCCACGUCUCUGGCUGUGCUCUGUCACGAGCUGCCUCACGAACUGGGUGAGUGGAGCACCAACUGAUGCCUCUAGUUGGCCAUGUUAAAAGAGGCUCUUAAGAAUGAGGUCCAGCCACAUUGGCACUUCAGAUGUUGUUGCAUAUGAAUUCAUGUAUAUAUAUAUAUAUAUAUAUAUAUAUAUAUAUAUAUAUAUAUAUAUAUAUAUAUAUAUAUAUAUAUAUAUAUAUAUAUAUAUAUAUAUAUAUAUACAGUUGAAGUCGGAAGUUUACAUACACUUAGGUUGGAGUCAUUAAAACUCGUUUUUCAACCACUCCACACAUUUCUUUUUAACAAACUAUAGUUUUGGCAAGUCGGUUAUGACAUCUACUUUGUGCAUGACACAAGUAAUUUUUUCCAACAAUUGUUUACAGACAGAUUAUUUCACUUAUAAUUCACUGUAUCACAAUUCCAGUGGGUCAGAAGCUGCCAGUUGAGGACCUGUGAGGUGCCUGUUUCUCAAACUAGACACUCUAUAUGUAUUUGUCCUCUUGCUCAGUUGUGCACCGAGUGGUGCAGUGGUCUAAGGCACUGCAUCGCAGUGCUAGCUGUGCCACUAGAGAUCCUGGUUCGAAUCCAGGCUCUGUCGUAGCCGGCCGCGACCGGGAGACCCAUGGGGCGGCGCGCAAUUGGCCCAGCGUUGUCCGGCAGGGAUGUAGCUCAGUUGAUAGAGCAUGGUGUUUGCAACGCCAGGGUUGUGGGUUCGCUUCCCACAGGGGGUAUGAAAAAAAAAUAAAAAAAAUAAUGUAUGCACUAACUGUAAGUCGCUCUGGAUAAGAGCGUCUGCUAAAUGACUAAAAUGUAAAUGCACCGGGGCCUCCCACUCCUCUUUCUAUUCUGGUUAGAGCCAGUUUGCGCUGUUCUGUGAAGGGAGUAGUACACAGCGUUGUAUGAGAUCUUCAUUUUCUUGGAAAUUUCUCGCAUAGAAUAGCCUUCAUUACUCAGAACAAGAAUAGACUGACGAGUUUCAGAAGAAAGUUAUUUGUUUCUGGCCAUUUUGGGCCUGUAAUCGAACCCACAAUUGCUGAUGCUCCAGAUACUCAACUAGGCUCAAGAAGGCCAGUUUUAUUGCUUCUUUAAUAAGCACAACAGUUUUCAGUUGUGCUAACAUAAUUGCAAUAGGGUUUUCUAAUGAUCAAUUAGCCUUUUAAAUGCUAAACUUGGAUUAGCAAACUUGCUGAUAAUGGUCCUCUGUACGCUGUAGAUAUUCCAUUAAAAAUCAGCUGUUUCCAGCUACAAUAGCCCUUUACAACCUUAAAAAUGUCUACACUGUAUUUCUGAUCAAUUUGAUGUUAUUUUAAUGGACAAACAAAUUGCUUUUCUUUCGAAAACAAGGACAUUUCUAAGUGACCCCAAACUUUUGAACGGUAGUGUAUAUACAGUGCCUUCGGAAAGUAUUCAGACCCCUUGACUUGUUCCACAUUUUGUUACGUUACAGCCUUAUUCUAAAAUGGAUUAAAUGUUUGUUUUUUUCAGCAAUCUACACACAAUACCCCAUAAUGACAAAGCGAAAACAGGUUUUUAGAAAGUUUUGCAAAUGUAUUAAAAAUAAAAAACAGAAAUACCUUAUUUACAUAUUCAGACCCUUUGCUAUGAGACUCGAAAUUGAGCUCAGGUGCAUCUUGUUUCCAUUGAUCAUCCUUGAGAUGUUUCUACAACUUGAUUGGAGUCCACCUGUGGUAAAUUCAAUUGAUUGGACAUGAUUUGGAAAGGCACACACCUGUCUAUAUAAGGUCCCACAGUUGACAGUGCAUGUCAGAGCAAAAACCAAGCCAUGAGGGUCGAAGGAAUUGUCUGUAGAGCUCCGGGGCAGGAUUGUGUCGAGGCACAGGUCUGAGGAAGGGUACCAAAAAAUGUCUGCAGCAUUGAAGGGCCCCAUGAACACAGUGGCCUCCAUCAUUCUUAAAUGGAAGAACUUUGGAACCACCAAGACUCUUCCUAGAGCUUGCCGCCCGGCCAAAUUGAGCAAUCGGGGGAGAAGGUUCUUGGUCAGAGAGGUGACCAAGAACCCAAUGGUCACUCUGAGAGAGCUCUAGAGUUCCUCUGUGGAGAUGAUAGAAACUUCCAGAAGGACAACCAUCUCUGCAGCACUCCACCAAUCAGACCUUUAUGGUAGAGUGGCCAGACAGAAGCCACUACUCAGUAAAAGGCACAUGACAGCCCGCUUGGAGUUUGCCAAAAGGCACCUAAAGACUCUCAGACCAUGAGAAACAAGAUUCUUUGAUCUGAUUAAACCAAGAUUGCAAAAGCUGCUCCAGAGCGCUCAGGACCUCAGACUGGGGUGAAGGUUCACCUUCCAACAGGACACUGACCCUAAGCACACAGCCAAGACAACGCUGGAGUGUCUUCGGGACAAGUCUCUGAAUGUCCUUGAGUGGCCCUGCCAGAGCCCGGACUUGAAUCUCUGGAGAGACCUGAAAAUAGCUGUGCAGCAACGCUCCCCAUCCAACCUGAGAGAGCUUGAGAGGAUCUGCAGAGAAGAAUGGGAGAAACUUCCCAAAUACAGGUGUGCCAAACUUGUAGCGUCACAUCCAAGUAGACUCGAUGCUGCCAAAGGUGCUUCAACAAAGUACUGAGUAAAGGGUUAUGUAAAUGUUAUGUUUUACAUUUUUUAUAAAUUAGCAAACAUUUAUAAAACCUGUUUUUGCUUUGUCAUUAUGGGUUAUUGUGUGUAGAUUGAUGAGGGGGAAAAAAACAAUUUAAUCAAUUUUAGAAUAAGGCUGUAACGUAACUAAAUGUGGAAAAAGUCAAGAUGUCUAAAUACUUUCAGAAGGCACUGUGUGUGUAUGUAUAUAUAUAUAUAUAUAUAUGCUGUUAGAUUUGUUUGAUUUCAGAAUAAUAUUUUUCAUUUCAAACAAUAAAGUAUUAGAAUAGAUUAAUAGCAAUGGUAGAUGAAAGGUAGAUUAAUAGCAGAUAUACAGUUUAGCCACUUCGCUCUGUUUCCAGAUUUCUUAUUCACACAAUCCUUCCAAUGGCAUCAACCUAAGACCCACAUUUGAUCACCGGCAUCAUCCCUUUAAACCUCUCCUCUCUCCAUCUCCCAGGUGACUUCGCUAUCCUGCUGCACAGCGGGGUGUCAGUGAAGAAGGCCUUGAUGCUGAACGUGGGCAGUGCCCUCACAUCCUUCAUCGGACUCUACAUCGCCCUCACCAUCUCUACUGACCUGGCUACCAAGCAGUGGAUCGCUGCCAUCACCUCCGGUCUCUUCCUGUACGUGGGUCUGGCUGAUAUGGUUAGUAUACUAGUUUUACCAUUCUCAAACAGGCUGUGAGGAAUAGCUUCUUGGGGAUUCAUUUCAAAUGAGAGUAUGUCGCACAAAUACUUAAAUUGCUUUGACUUGGGCCUUGAGGGUCUCCUGGCCAUGUGACCUGACCAGGAAGAACUCUGACCACUAGUUAUAACACGGUUGCUCCUAUUCCUUUCAUCAAUGCCUAACUUCCUCUAUAAAUAUGAUAUAUUUGGACAAUGAGUUAAAUGCAUUUGAUUGUCUUGUUCCUCCUCCCCCAGCUCCCCACCAUGGUCCAUGCAGACAACCGUAGGCCCUGGCUCAUGUUCCUGCUGCAGAACGUAGGACUGCUGUCUGGCUGGGGCAUCCUGCUGCUCCUCUCCCUGUAUGAGGAUAAAAUUGUCUUCUAGAGCCUCCUAGUCCUAACACUGUACAGUACAAUACAGUUACAAACGACACCAUGCAGCCUAUGCUAUAAUUGACCUGUUUUGAGAUAUUUACUUUAUCUGUAACACGCUUGGUAUUUCUAUAUGAUACAACGUUUCCUAAAAUUACUUUCCUAUAUGUUAAAUAUGAGUAUAUAGGCUAGUUCUGGUGUGUCUUAUGCAUUUAACACAUAGAAGUGUAAUCUGUUGGUGUUCUGUAUGGACACAUCCUGCCAUUGGUGCUAAUGUUACUAUUUGAAGGGAUAUCAUCUGUAUGUGAUUAGUUCAAACUGUAAUUUAUAUGACCUAUAUUUAUAAUGGGACUCACAGGUCCUCAGGCUACUUCCUCUCUAAUUGCCACACCUUUUGUAUUAACCACAUAUACAGUGCCUUCAGAAGGUAUUCACACCCCCUGACUUUUUCCACAUUUUGUUGAGUUACAGCCUGCAUUUAAAAUGUAUUAAAUUGAGAUUUUGUGUCACUGGCCUACACACAAUACCCC